CCAGGUGGCGCACAGAAAUGUAUUUACUUCCUUGGAACCUUUACUAACUUUGCCAGUUAAUACUCCAUCAGUGUAGAGUAGUAUGGCCCGUAUUAAGAUCGGAGUUGGAACUGCCGGGAGGGUUGAUUUAUUACCUGAGUACUUACAAGAAAUGGAUUUGGAAUUCUGGGAAGCGAUUACAAGUGAUAAUGGAAAUUGUGCUGCUGAUGAUGAAUCAUAUAUAUUAAAAGGAAUACCUAUGAUUUACAUACCAAAAGACAAGAGUGAAGUCAAAGGACAAAUAAGUAUCACAAAUAAACAGCUAUACUUUGAAACAAUUGGACAGAUUACAUUUAGCAUCCCAUUUUAUGAGAUCAUCGCUAUUACUGAAAUACGAUCUGCAACGAAAUCAAAAGAGAGAUUUUGUGUAAUACUGAAAAGAGAGGUUGAUGGGGGUACCCAAGUACCUGCAGCUUAUGCAAACUUUGCAACCUUUCAACAAAAGUAUGCAAAUCAAAUGUAUGAAAAGAUCAGAGAUAGUGCCUUUUCAAAGAAACAGUAUAAUGUGGAGGAAAAAGAAAGUGAACAACCUGUGAAACUGACUGUUAAGCAACCAACAUUCAGUCAAUCUAAGAGAAAGACUGAUGACGAUACAGAUGCAGGCCAUUACUUGCCACCACCAAAGAGGACUAGAAGAGAGUGCAACAGAAGUACCAUGAACUUUUUGAAAAGAAAAUUUGAACAUAUAUGGAUUUUGAAAGAUGGUUCUAAGAAAUGUUACUAUGGAAUGGUAACAGCUGUAUUAGAGAAAUCAAAUGGAGACGAUGAUGCAGUUUAUGAGGUCAAAUAUGAUGGUGAGAAUGGUGCUAUUAAAUUGAACCAUCAAAAAUUAUUGGAAGACUACAGAAACUCAUCAUUAAAAUUCAUAGGUAAAAACAAAAAGAAACGACUCACAAAAUCAAAACAACUUUAACCGAAGGAACAGAAAUAUGGUGUAAAACUAAUAUUAUUAUAUUUAUCUUGAGUUAGUUUUAAUAGUUUUUAAUUCAAUUUAUUCAAGAAAUUUGUAUAAUCAAACAUAGAUAGUUUUAUGCCCCCAUUUAUGCGCUUUAUGUUAUCUGGUCUGUGUGUCUGUCCGUCUGUCCCGCUUCAGGUUAAAGUUUUUGGUCGAGGUAGUUUUCGAUGAAGUUGAAGUCCAAUAAACUUGAAACUUAGUACACAUGUCCUUCAUGAUAUAGAGAGGUUUAGCAAACGUUCAAAUUUUACUGCCAAAUUAAAGUUUUUAUCCCAAUUCCACAGUCCACUGAACAUAGAAAAUAAUAGUGGGAAUGGGGCAUCCGUGUACUAGGGACACAUUCUUGUUUCAACUGACAUAUGUUGAUUAAGAUUCAUGACUUAUAUUUACAUUUGGUAUUUCCUUUUUCUUUCCACAUAAUUUCAUGUAAAAAAUGGAUUUUAAAUUUUCAAAAUAUAAAAUGACUGAUUUUAUAGGCCGCAACUUUUUGGCGGUCGUAUAAAGUUUAAAAUGUCAUUGUAAGAGUCUUCAUCGGAAAACAUAAAUGGUUUCCAGAAAAUUACUUGAGAAUAAGCAGAUGAAUUUCUAUGAAACUGUACCAAAAGGUUGAAAGGGGCCAAAAACUAGCAUUUUUCUUGAUUCAGGAUCUCUAUAAAAUUACAUCGCAAGGUUUCAAACAUUAAAAAAAGGUUAAUCUGAUAGAACUAGGGGAAAAAAACCAAGGAUUUUCUAGUUACAGGACAAUAAUUUGAGUAUAAGUUUAUGAAUAGGAUACCAGAUUUGGCUUCCAGCAAGGAGAGCGUGGUAAAGUUGAUAUUGAAUUUCACAACAACAAAAGCUACCUGAUCAACGAUAUAAUAAAAUUUAACAGCAUUCUCUUUUACUUUUUUCCCAAAAUUCAUAAAUACAUGGUCGGCAGGUUUGUAAAAAAAGACAAUGAAAAAUGUUGGCCUUUAGUGUAACAUAAUUGCAUAUUAUGCACCACUGAAUAAACUUCAUAUCAUAUGAACAUUUUUCAAAAAUUUCCCUUAUUCAUUUAAACAAAUAAUUUCCUAAAUUGAAUACAAUAAUUUACUUAUAACCACAAAAGGAAAGUUGGUAUUGAUUUUGGGGGUUAUGGUCCUAACAGUUUAGGAAUUAGUGGCCAUAAAAGGUCCUAAAUAAUCAUUUUUUUUCUAGUUUCCAGACAAUAACUUGUGGAAAGGUGUAUGAUCUCUCUACAAUUAUACCAAAAGGGAUGGUUAGGAUUUGCUUUUGGGGGUUAUGGCUCAAAACUUUAAGGAAUUCGGGUUAAAAAGGGGCGGAAAAGAAGGGUAAAAUAUUCUUCAAAUAUAUUUUUUGAUGCAAAAAUAAAGGUGGGGAGGGGAGUGAAUUUUUUUUUUACAAGGUGGGUAUUUUAUUCAAAGGGGUACUAGCUACGAGAUAUAUAAAAAAUCUAAAGUAAUCUAAAUAUGGAUCGAAUAAGUAAUCAAAUGUUUUACCGUAGUUUCACUCUCAUUGUUGACAUUCUUUUUCUUUAAAAAUAACCAGUACACGUACAAUGGAUGCGUUGUCAAUCUCUAGCUAGGGGUUAAACUGAAGUUCACAUGAAUACGGAUUUAAUGAGGUCGACUGAUUCACUUGCAAGUGAAUUAGGAAAUAUCAAUG